UUUCCUCAGCUCUUCUCUGGCUGUUUUAAAAGAUUGACAGUCGCUCUUACUUCCUUUUUUGGCUCUGUUCCCCUUCCCCCCACCCUAGCCCUCCACACAUUGGCUCAGUCCUGCCUUUUUCACGCCGACUCCACCCCCAAGUUUCAGAGACCCUAAUGUCCUAGGGAAUGGAAUUUCCUGGUCACUUCUCAUCCUCAUUGGACGUUUACUUGCCAAGUCCCACACACACUUUCCCUCCACCCAGCUCUGGUUAGGUCCCUGGAAAAGAAACAGAAAGGCCCUUGUUUCUUCCACUGCCCCAUUCGCUCCCCCCUUCCCUCCCCUCCCAGCACUAUCCACCCUUGUCCACUCAGCUUUAAGCAGAGGGGGAAUGUACUGUCCACUCAGCACAGACUGCCUGGUGGUGUCGGGGGUUUCCUCUGAUUCUUCAUUGUUUUCUCCGUUUCCCUCCAGCCCUUACCACCUGCUGCCACAACCACCAUCAGGACAAACUCUGUGACUGAUUGACUGACUACCCUACUGACCAAGGCUCCCCUCUCUGGACAGCUGUGUUCUGACUUCCGGGUUCAGAUCCCAGGAAGACACAACCUUGUGUGUGCCCACCUUUCCGUGGCCCUGUUAGUCUCUGAGACGCUGCUCACCUGAGGGUCCCCAGGGUUCCAGCUGAGUGGACCGAGUGUGUGGGUACAGCAGGAGCUUGAGGAGAGGGCAUCAAAGCACCAGGGCAAGAGCCCUCUGGGGCCUCCGGCAGGGGAUUGAAGCUGGCACCUUCACGGACUAUGAGUGAAUUUUGGCACAAACUGGGCUGCUGUGUGGUCGAGAAACCCCAGCCGCAGAAGAAGAGAAGGCGGAUUGACCGGACCAUGAUUGGGGAACCAAUGAAUUUUGUCCACCUGACCCACAUUGGCUCUGGGGAGAUGGGAGCUGGAGAUGGACUUGCUAUGACAGGUGCAGUUCAGGAGCAGAUGAGGUCCAAGGGAAACCGGGACAGGCCUUGGAGUAAUUCUAGGGGCUUAUAGCUCCCAUAGAAAUAAAUGGUUCUGCCAUCUUGAAGUUCCAACUCUGUCCAGCCCAGAAGAAAUGCUGCCCUCGCCUGAUCCUUGCUAGGACUUGUAGAACCCAACAGUCCCUCUUUUCCCUCACUGCCUAACAGUGCCUCUGAGGGGUAGGGGCUGGACUCCUCCUCUCUCUGGCUGUCACCCCUCCUGGAGAUGGGUCAAGGCAGCAGGACUGACCAAGUGACCACUGGCUGGCCAGAGGAGCUCAGUGGAAGCCCUGGACACCCGAGAUCUGAGUGAGGAGUUCUCUGGGAACCGGGGAAGAGUUCCCUCCUCCUAAAUGACGGUCUGGGUGUCAACUCUUCAAACUCUUAGCCUGGAACUCCUCAAAUGGGGUAGGUAGGUGAGAGUGCCAAAGCUGAAGCUGGCUUUCCUGAGAAGCUCUCUACCUCCCUGCCCUUCCCUUUCCCCCUGCGAUGCACAAAAGCAGACAUCAAGCAGGGGCUGGGAGGGUGGUGCCCAGUCCAUUCUUCCUCUAGACUGCAGACCUUAAGCUCAUAGCCCCUCACUCCUUCUCUGCUGACACCAGGGUCUUUCUCUCAUCCUGUUUCUGUAGCAUUACUAGCUUCCCAGCUGCAGUCGUUUUUUCUUUUAAUUAAAAUUUUAAUUUAAGCUGAUUUAAUUACCCCACCCUGCUCUUCCCUCUGCCCUUAACCUUGUCUCUUUUACUGUUUCCUGUUGAGUAAGAGUUGCGGUGGAUCUUAACUGUCAACAUUCCAUUUAAGUCUUGGGGGACCUGGCCCACCCUCUACCAACCUCCCUGCUGGCCCAGGUGAGAGAAGAAAGAGGGGUCUGAAGAGAAAGCCAGAGAGCAAAAAGAUAGGCACGUACACCUGUGCGUGUAAGAGCCUUGCCAUGGCCCAGGAACAGAGGCAAAGCAAGGCUUCUCAACGAGACAUGUUUGCCCUUGUGGACUGGAUAAUUCUUUAUACCAGAGGGCGGUUUUGUGAUUAGAUAUUUAGCAGCAUCUCUAGCCCACUCUAGUUUUGGCAACCAAAAGUAUCUUCAGAAACUGCCAAGUGUCUUCUAGGGACAAAUUACCUGAGGCUGAGAAUCCCAGCUCUGAAUUCAAGGCACUUUUAAGUGGUUUUCACUCCCUACCCUACUCCUCAUCCAGUUAUUCCUCAAAAGCCUGAGCUAUGGAUGGACUAGGACCCCUUGUAAAGUAGGCUCAGGAAAACUCCACAUAGUCUUUAUAUUCCGUGUAUUCCUUUUGCUGCGUGGCUUCAGGUCUCCUUGAUGGACAUGUGCUACGAUUCGCCUUCCUUGCAGUGUGGAGACAGGAACAGGCUGCGUUGGAAUUGGAGAAGGGGGAGAUAAAAGCAGCAGAGGUGCGCGACCUAGUUACCCUCCCAAGCUCUAAGCUGUUCUUGUGCCCCAGCCCCAGAACUAGACACAAAUAAGACUCAGGGAGUUUUGCCUGAAGAUCAGGACCUACCCCCAUCUGGCUGCAGUGUGCUUUGGAUGGGAAAGCAUUGGAGGAGCACGGUCUUUAGGCACAUUGUUUUCUCAGGUGUUUUUUGUUCUGGCCCUUUCUUUGCAGGGUGAUUAGGAAGGCAGAGCAACAGAUGAGCUCCUCCCUGCUCUGAGACAGGAAUGCUGGGGUCUCAUUGGCUCUAGCAGGGUCAGAACUGUGGAAUCAGAUCCACUCUGCUGAUUCCAUCCAGCCAUCCGUUUUGCCCCCAUCUACAGUGAUUUAAGUUUUUCAAAUUUCAGUGUAGUUUUUCAGGGUCUAAGAUUGGUGGUAGAGCUGCAUUCCCAAUACUCUAGUUCCAGUCGAGCUAGUUAGUUGCUCUAUGAAAGUGGCCCACCUUGUUGCCCUAGGAGCUUGGUAGCUGAGGGUUAGACUAGGGAUGUAGAAAGGGGAUGAUGGGGUAAGGUAGAAAGGUGGGAACUCCAAUCUCCAACCUCACCUAAUAGCUAUUCUUUGGACAGUCUUUGGUGCUCUCUUGCCUCGAGCCACUUUCUCUAACGUGUGGGGUUGAGAGUCAUAAUUUAUAUUAAGAAUUUGUUGGACUUUUAAAUACAUUUUUCAAAUAAAAAAAUGUAAGCAAA